AUCUAAUGUAGCUCGAGCAAUGGCGAGGGGGACACAGCCUGCGAAGAUGGGGAAGAGACUACGUACACUACGCAGAUAUGCCGGCUUCGUGGUGCCAUGCCAUCAGUAAUAGGGGGGUUACAGUAUCUAGGACUACGAAGAUGAAGAGCUAUAUUAAUGUGCUUGUCUCGCCAGUUUUCUCUUUCGAAAUCACCAUCAACUCAAACCAAAGGAACUUUACUUCAUCAAGACCCAUCGGAUCCGUAACGAUACCUUUAGUCAAGUUAUUAUCGAAACAGACCCGAAAAUGAAGUAUUCUACAGUAGCCGGCCUCGUGGCUAGCCUCGGCCACUCUGCUACGGCCUCGGACACUUCGGGAUUCGACUGGAAAAACCUCAAGCCGUCCGCUUCACUUGAAUACACUCCUUGCUACGACGAAUUCAAGUGUGCCAAGCUCUCGGUCCCUCUCGACUGGCUCAAUAACUCGAGCUCCACCAACGGUACCGCCCGCGCUAACAUCGCCAUCAUCGCCCUCCCAGCGACAGUCCCCGAGACUGAUCCUUCCUUCGGCGGCACCAUCAUCAUGAACCCUGGCGGACCCGGCGAGUCUGGUGUCGAGUUCGUGCUAGGCCUCGGCCACACCUCACAGAACAUCGUCGACGCUAACAAGCACUACGAGAUCCUCUCCUUCGACCCGCGCGGCGUCGGCCUCUCCGAACCGCGAGCUGAUUGUUUCAACAAUGAAUACGCCCGCAAUAUCUACAAUCUACAAUCGCGCGCCAUGGGGAGACUGGACAUCAGCACGGAUGCGACUAGACGCGUAGCCUCUCUAGUGGGUGCCCUUGCAGAACGCUGCGGAGAAGCUACCGGUAUCCAGGGUUAUAUGUCUACAGCGAGCGUCGCCAGAGAUAUGGUCGAGAUCGUGGAUCAGAUCGAGGAGCUGAGGAACAAGAACGCUACUUCCACCAACGCGAAGAAAAUGCGCAUCCGUGGAAGCUCCGAGUACCCGCAGAGCAGUGAUGAUGUUGCUAGAAUCCAGUACUGGGGUUUCUCUUAUGGAACUAUACUUGGAAACUACUUCGCUUCCAUGUUUCCCGGUCGCGUUGGACGGAUGAUGCUUGAAGGUGUCGUCAAUGUUCACGACUAUCUUAAAGGUGAAUGGGCCAAGAACCUCCAGGACACAGAUGAGGAAUUGAAUGCCAUAUGGGAUGGGUGUUACGACGCCGGCUCCGAAUGCCCCCUUUACAAGCCCACCGACAAGAGCGGUGGAGAUAUCCGCAGCCGCGUCGAGAAAUUCCUAAGUGAUCUUCAAACUUCACCGGCCCAAAUCGUAGACGGAACUUAUGUCGAAGAGGUCACACGUGAAGAUGUUCUCUCCAGAAUGUUCUCCUCACUCUACGACCCCAUAUACGGGUGGCCGUCCAUGGCUGCGGGAAUAGCCGAGGGGAUGGAGGGCAACUUCACUAAUCUGUACAGCAUAACCACCGCCGAGGCCUACUGUUCGACGACUGAGCCUCAGAGCUACACGUGGAAAUCAGACUCGCUCUUCGGCGUCAACUGCGGCGACGCCGUCGACCAAACUGACAUGACGAUCUCCGACUUCCAGGCCUACGUUGCGGAGCUCAACACACAGAGUACAAAGUUUUCCUCGAUCUGGUCCACCAAACGUCUUGCCUGUCGGGCAUGGCGCUACCGCCCCAAGUACCGAUUCGAAGGCCCCUUCACGUCUCCCGCGGCAGCCGGUUCGCUAUCGAGUCCCGUAGCCGGAAAGCCCGCCGCGCCGAUCCUAUUCCUAUCCAGCAAGUUAGACCCGGUGACGCCGCACAAGAACGCCGGUGCCAUGGCAGCGGACCACCCAGGCGCCGGUGUAUUAACCCAGGAUAGCAUGGGCCACGGCACCAUCAAAACACCUAGCAAAUGCAAGAACGCGUACGUCUCCAAGUACUUCGAGACAGGCGAACUGCCGCCCGCGGGAACCGUGUGCGAGUCCGACUGCAAGGUGUUCCAGAAAUGCGAUGCGCCUACCGCGAAGCGAGAUUUGAGCCAUAUCCCUGAGUUCUCGAGGCGCGGCUACAGUCCCUUUGGUCCCUUUGGAAUUUCGGAAUAAUGUUGUAUAACCCUCUAAAUACCUACCUAUUUACUUACCUAGGUAUUUAGACAUUCUAUCAUUUAUUUUACUUUGACAUACUGUCGUUUAGAUAUUCUAUCGUUUAUAUUUUACUUUCUGUAUAAUUAUAUUUGGUUUAUUUGAGGUGGGCUUGGGGUCAUGUGUAGUGCAUAUAGAGAGGGAGGAUUCACAUAAUAAAAUUUAUAGAGUUGGUGGUCAAACUAAUGUGUUUCUACUUAUCGGUGUGCAAUUAGCUAGCUGAAGAGCCCCAGAACUGCCGGCGCCGGUAUUUCCUAAGCGAAUCGAAAACAACAUCGCAACAAAUCUUCCGCGUAUAUCUCAUGACUCGAUGAGAAGGCCGAAACAGGAUUCCAUAGUGUUAGAUUUUGAAAAAGCACCUUCGAAUAUU